UUCCGCCCUCAACCUUUCUUCUCUACUGCUUCUCUGCUGCUUCUCUCUCUGUUCCACACAUUCUUCCAUUUCCAUUCUUCGCCCUUGAUUAAUAAUCAUCACGAAUCAUCAACAUUACCUAAUGCCUCCAUCUCUGCCGUGCCUUUGUUAGUUGGUUCAAAGAGGCAAUCAAUGCUCUUGUCGGCCAAAGUCAUGAAAACUGCACGAUACGCCACCUCUCGACAAAAGGCCUGCCAACAAUGCUCAGUCGCCAAGGCACGAUGUGACCGCAAGGAGAGAUGCUGCUCGAGAUGUGCUCAGCGCGGCCUUGCCUGUCUUUAUCCGCAUUCCACUUCCACCUCUGCUCCCUCCCCAGCCUCGGUCCCGGAGUUUUUCGACUUUUCCAACCUCGAUCUCAUCUGCCCCAUCGCCCCGGAGGAAAUCAGCAACCGAUGGCUCAACGCGUACAUCCCGAUUCCUGGCCAGAGUGUCAAAAACUACCCGCCCACUGUGGCGGCCUUUAUCUACCGGCUGCUAAAGUCGUACACCGGCAUGGCCGUGCAUGGCCGCGGGUUUCCGCCGUUUGUGCACACAGCCCAGCUCACGGCCCAGGGGCCCAACCCGCAGCUGUCGUCUUGUCUGAGCAUUAUCCGGAUAUGUGACAAGCCACUGCCGGGCAGCGAGAAUGUCACUGCCGAGAUAAUGCAGAGGGAGAUGAACAAUCUCUUUGAACAGCGUGAUACGUAUGACCAUCUGGCGCUGCUUAGUGCAUUCCAGGCCUACCUCAUGUACACCAUGGUCCUCUUCUUCAGGCUUAGUCAAGGCCUCAGCCCUUUUCUGCGCCAAGCAAUGAUGAAUUUACAAGAGUUGGCGUGCGUCACAGCUCGGCAGGGGCUCAUGUGCGUGGCAGAGCAGCAGCGCACGCGCCCCAAGUGGGAAAGCUGGAUCAUUGCCGAAGCUUCACGGCGAACACUCUUCACCAUGUACCUCUUUGACAGUGUCCUCUCGUCUGAAGACGGAUUGCCGACGUUUCUCGGGAUAGAGCUGGAAGGGUUGCCGGCAGUAUCGAGCAAAACUCUGUGGUUCGCUCAGACACGACGCGACUGGGAAAAGGGGUACAACAUAUAUCUUACCGCAUGGGACGAGGGCAUGCUCCGCAUCAAUGAACUGUGGCCGAUCCCUGAAAGCCUAGAGGAAUCGGUGGUUGCAAGGAGGCGCCAGAGAGUUGACAGUUGGCUGGAGGAUCUAGACGAAUUUGGCACCAUGCUCUACGCAGUCACAAGCUGCACGCAUGGAGGGGCUGAUGUUGAAAAUGCUUCACCCACGAUAACGCCUCCCUCGACUCCAGAGGCAAACGAGCCUUACAGCAUAUUCGACAGUCGACAAAGAGCUUUCAUCGUGAUAAUAGUCUCCACAGCAGCAACAUUUUCUGGAUUCGCGUCCAACAUUUACUUCCCGGCCCUCCCAACUAUCGCAAAGGACCUCAAUGUCUCUGUCGAACUCGUCAACCUCACAGUUACUUCAUACCUCAUCUUCCAGGGAAUUGCUCCCAGUCUGUGGGGUCCCGUGUCUGAUGUCAAAGGACGCCGAGUCGCAUACUGCUGUACCUUUCUCGUCUUCGUCGGUGCAUGUAUCGGCCUUGCUGAGACCAAGAACUAUGCCACUUUGAUUGUCCUUCGAUGUCUCCAGAGCACAGGAAGUGCGAGCACAAUUGCCAUUGGCUCUGGUGUCAUUGGAGAUAUCACCACUCGAGCCAACCGCGGAAGUCUCAUGGGAAUCUUUCAAGCCGGUCUGCUCGUUCCCGUUGCCAUUGGUCCAGUCAUUGGAGGUGCUAUUGCCGGAUCAUUGGGGUGGAAGGCCAUAUUUUGGUUUUUGACAGCAUAUGGCGGCGGUUUCCUGUUAUUCCUCAUUGUCUUUCUGCCGGAAACUCUUCGAUCCAUUGUCGCAAACGGCAGCCGAACUCCAUCAUCGCUCAUUGGAAAAUACCCUCUUACCGUAUACCAAAGACUCUCAAAGAUUGAAUGGAAUCGGGAGGCAUCGACUGCAGCGCCAGAUGCGAAGAAACGCAUCGAUAUUUUCGGUCCGUUCCGAAUUCUCAUCAGCAAGCACGCAACUCCCAUCAUUGUCUUCCUGUCGAUAUACUAUGCUGUCUGGCAGAUGAGCAUUACUGCCAUGUCGACUCUCUUUGAGCAAAAGUACAACUUGAAGGAGACGCAAAUCGGUCUGACAUUCAUUGCCAACGGAGUGGGCUCCAUGGUAGGAACCCUUAUCACGGGCAAAAUCCUCGACAAGGACUACAAAAAGGUCAAGGCCGCCUAUGACGCUCAAGUAGCUCAGACGGAUCUUGAAAAUGAGGAUUUCCCUAUUGAAAAGGCUCGCCUGCGUCUAAUCCCCGUCUUUUCCAUCAUCCAAUGCCUGUCGAUCCUUUUGUUCGGCUGGACAAUCAAUUAUCCUCAUCGCGUCCCCAUUGCUAUUCCCAUUAUAUCUACAUUCAUCACUGGCUGGACUGCCGUCUCGACGCAAUCCACCAUCAUGACAUACCUCGUCGACAUCUUUUCGGACCGCAGCGCCGCGGCCAGCGCCAGUUUGAACCUCGCGAGAUGUCUCUUUGCUGCCGGCGGCACCAGUCUUGUGAUGCCAAUGGUGAAUGGCAUUGGCGUCGGAUUGGCGUUUACUAUUUGCGCCAUUGUGCAGUUCGUUGCGCUUUUAGGACCGGCCAUUCAAUGGAGAUUUGCUGCUGGUUGGCGGAAGCAGGCCCGGAUGCAGAAGAAGUAAGCAUCCGCUUGUGUGAAGAGCUGGAGUAACUGCCACUGCAGCUCUGCACAUAACAUUAAAAGCAUCGUGUGGAUUGUAAAAGUGUAUUAUAGACAAUUAGGCGCUUCGACCUCGAGGGAAGCCUGAUAGCACUAGCAUAUUAUAUAGAAUGCGCAUUAGAUUGAGAACCAUAAUAAUAAUACUGAUAGAGUACGG